AUGCCGCUCUCGUACAACCCUAGUGAUGGGGCACGGCCAGACGGAUUCUGGGGCCCCAAGUAUCUGUCUAAUCGAGACAUCACUGGACAGGCACCUAUUGAUAAGACGACAUUUCCGGGUGUCUAUGUUACUUCUGCCUGCCAUCCUGAUGGUGUCUAUGAUCGCGACUCUUUCGAGACAUGCUUCUCGAAUCUCAUCGCUGUCGGCUUCCGGAGACUAGUGAUCGACUUGUACUGGGAUGCCAGUAACGGCUUCUUUGGCCUCUGCCCUGUGGAGGUUCCGGACAUAGGCAACAACACGGUCAGCGCCCAGGCAAAUGCUGAGAUGACAUCACCACCCACUCUAACACCACGCUCCGUCUUCGAAUAUGUGCAAGACAGCUUCGCAAGGCGCCAGGAUCAGUCGGUAAACGCUACAUCCUCAAAUACAACCAGCAGCGGCGGCGGCGGCGUCACCAGCACAGCAGCGCCUUCUCCCUCGUCUGAUGUCACGACUAGUGACGGACCUACAGGAGCUACCUUGAUCAACCUUGGCCCUUUCAGGUGCAGUCCCGACCUGGAUUUUGGAUCAAUCAUCGACAUUAUUGAGGAUUACGUGGAUUCGAGCUCCGACGGUCCAGCUGCCACUCUGCAGAUCCUGCAGUUCAACCUCCACAGCGCGAGAUCUGCGGCUGAUCCGGAAGGAGCGCCUCAAAACAUUUCGUCGGAAGCACUGCCAACCACACAAGAGCUUGUUGGAUGGCGCUUCGCUAAUGAAAUGGGCGCACAGUUGUACAGCCCGCGGGAUUUGGAAGCGGACCGGUCCAACAUGAACUUGUCCUGGUAUGAGGUGCGCGUGCAAGAAAGGCUACCGAUGACGGGGUACUUUCACACCACGACCUCUUCGAGUGGCGUGGUCUCGACAGAUGACGGCUGGCCGAGCGAGCUAUAUCUGCUUUUGACGAGCCUCAGACGUUUGAUCCUUACCUGGGGUGUCAUCGAUUCAGAGAUGGAGGGAUACAAUUUCACUGGAGAUAGCAGACAUGUCUUUGCUCCCGGCAUACUUUCCGAGUCACGCGACUUGGGGCAGGACUCCGAGGGAGUGGUGACCUCUGGCUGCUUCUACAGCGACCGAGACAAAGACCCUGCGCAAGUCAAUAACACCUGGGCCAUUGCCGCUUUGAACAAUAGUCGGUCCGCAUCGCAAAGCUUCCUUCAGAACAUCACCUCCUGUGGCGUGUCACCUCUUCUCAAUGACACGUUGAAUGGCCAAUCUGCGGCAUCGGCUUAUCUUGACUACCAGCGUUACGUCGAAUCAACGAUCAUCGGCUGGGCAGAUGGUGAACCCAGAAAUGGUUCUUCUCCUGGUGUCGACGCUGAUAGGGACCAAGACCAGUUUCGUUGCGUAGUUAUCGAUUCAACGGACAAUUACCGUGGAAAGUGGCGGGUUGUCAGCUGCCAAGGCCAGUAUCGAGCAGCUUGUCGCAUUGGUGGUCAGCCAUACAACUGGCGGUUAACUAGGACGGAAACGGACUUCACUGGGGCGCCUGAAUCGUGCCCAGAAGGCAGCAGUUUCGACGUACCAGUAUCGCAACUGGAGAACACCUAUCUCUACGAACACAUCCUUGCCGACACCGAGAAUCAGAGCGACAGCUCACUGCAGAGGGGCGUCUGGAUCAAUCUCAACGCUCUAGACGAGAUGAAUUGCUGGGUGACAACGGGUCCCAAUGGCACCUGUCGCUAUCAACGAGAUAGUCAACAAGAGCGCAAUAGACAGGUGCUCAUUCCGACGAUCGCAGCACUCAUUAUUCUAAUCCUCACUGCCCUGACCAUCUUGGUCAAAUGCAAUGUCAACCGACGCAACAGCAAGAGACACCGUAUCGGUCCCGGGGGCUGGGAGUACGAAGGCGUGCCUUCAUGA